CUCUCUCUCUCUCUCUCUCGACCCCUGGUGGAAGAAACGCCACGGGGAGCGAGAGAGAAAGAGAGAGAGUGUGUGGGAGAGACUGAGAGAUGGACAGAUGACUCAAAAAGGAGAUGAAAAUGAGAGAAAUGCUCACUGCGACCGUACACAUCAAACAGCGGGAGAAUAUUCUGGAUUUUUCUUAUUUUGUCCUCUUUGUUCCAUCCAAACGUUGUUGGUGUGACGAGCAGGGAGGGGGGCGUGACUGGCAUCAUUAAAACCUCUGAUACCCCCACAAGCACGCGCACACUCAGACACGCGUGAACACACGGAGGGAGAUGUUUACAGCUUUGACCGUUUGGACUCCACUGAGCGGAAUAAGGCGAGCGCAGCGUUCACACGGCUUCAGACUCUGACGGACUGAGUCAUUUUCAUUUUUAGUCAUUUUCAUUCUCGUUCAGCUUCAAAGUUGGAAUCUGGGACUGAAUCGUGACAGCAUGGAUUUGUUCGGCGCGCGUCGCCUUCUCGGGAUCCGGUGCUGCUGGAAGGUUUCCGUUCUGCUCAGCGUUUUCUUUCACAGCUGCCCGAGCUCCUUGUUGGACUGUCCCCCCACCUGCACCUGCUCUCCCACUGAAAUCUUCUGCAGUAAGUCCGACAACAGCCAGUUCUUCCCGCUGCUGUCCUUCCAGGGGACCGGGAAUGCUGGGAAUAAUACCGGCAGCAUCGAGGAUCUUUUCCAGAACAUCACCUCCAUAAACCUGUCCAAGAACCCCAUGUUGACCACGUUGUCCUGGCAGAUCUUUGAACAUCUGCCGCUUUUGGAGCUACCUACCAGAUAUCAGCGUCAGCCACAGCAACCUCACAGUUGUCGAAGGUGAUCAAGUAACGGCAAUCUGUAAUGGCUCUGGUUCACCAUUACCUGAAGUGGAUUGGCCUGUCACUGGCUUGCACUCCAUCAAUGCACAAGAGGCUAGAGUCUACGACAAUACUAUUCACUCCAUCAACAUAACCUUGGUCAAUGUAAGCAGAGAUGACAACAACUUCCUAUUAGUAUGCACUGCCACCAACAUAGUGGGCAUGACCAAUGCUUCAGUUCAGCUAACUGUUCACUUUCCUCCCACCAUUAUUAGGCUGAAGGAGCCAGAACGCCGCCAUGACACGUGCAUUGAGUUUACCGUUCGUGGUUCACCCCACCCAGUCUUACGAUGGUUCUAUCAAGAUAAGGAAAUUUCCCACACUGAGUAUGUGCGUCCUGACAUGGAUAUUUACCUGGACUACAUAGAGGGAUGCCUAACCUUUAAAAACCCAACACACCACAAUAAUGGCAAUUAUACUCUGGAGGCCAGAAACUACCUGGGCAUAGUCACCAGUACUGUGUAUGGGCACUUCCUGGAAAAGCCUUUUGAUGAUUACGAUUAUGGACCCACAGAGAAAGUAAUUCCAACUGCAGAGACUCACAUACCGGAGGAAGAUACUUUUGGGGUAUCCAUAGCAGUGGGCCUGGCAGGAUUUGCCCUAAGUUUAAUGCUGGUGGUUCUCUUUCUUCUCAUCAACAAGUAUGGUGGACGAUCCAAGUUUGGCAUGAAAGGUCCGGUGGCAGUGAUAAGUGGUGAGGAAGACUCUGCCAGUCCCCUUCAUCAUGUUAACCAUGGGAUCAUUAGCCCCUGUACACUGGAUGCUGGACCAGCUGCAGUGGUGAUUGGAAUGACUAGAAUUCCUGUUAUAGAGAACCCACAGUACUUCAGACAUGGCCACAACUGCAACAAACCUACCACCUAUGUUCAGCAUAUUAAGCGACGGGACAUAAUUCUGAAAAGAGAGCUUGGUGAGGGAGCCUUCGGUAAGGUGUUCCUGGCUGAGUGUUACAACCUGAGUCCCACUAAGGACAAGAUGCUGGUAGCUGUAAAGACGCUGAAGGAUCCCACACUUGCAGCCAGAAAGGAUUUCCAGCGUGAGGCUGAGCUCCUCACUAACCUUCAACACGAGCACAUAGUGAAGUUCUACGGAGUGUGUGUGGAUGGAGACCCUCUCAUCAUGGUCUUUGAGUACAUGAAGCACGGAGAUCUCAAUAAGUUUCUCAGAGCCCAUGGGCCAGAUGCCAUGAUCCUAGUGGAUGGACAGCCUUUGCAGACGAGUGGUGAACUCGGUCUGUCCCAGAUGCUUCAUAUAGCCAGCCAAAUUGCAGCUGGGAUGAUCUACUUGGCAUCUCAACACUUUGUGCAUCGUGAUCUGGCAACCAGGAACUGCUUGGUGGGGAAUGGUCUUCUGGUCAAAAUAGGAGAUUUUGGCAUGUCCAGAGACAUUUACAGCACAGAUUAUUACAGGGUGGGAGGUCACACCAUGCUGCCUAUCCGCUGGAUGCCCCCAGAGAGCAUCAUGUACAGAAAAUUCACCACAGAAAGUGAUGUGUGGAGCUUUGGCGUUAUUCUGUGGGAGAUCUUCACUUAUGGAAAACAGCCAUGGUUCCAGCUCGCCAAUAAUGAGGUAAUCGAGUGUAUUACUCAAGGCAGAGUACUGGAGCGCCCAAGACUCUGUCCUAAGGAAAUCUACGAUAUUAUGCUUGGCUGCUGGCAGAGGGAACCGCAACAACGUCUCAACAUUAAGGACAUCCAGAAGAUGCUGUUUACUUUGAUGAAAGCCACACCAGUCUAUCUGGACAUACUGGGAUAAUAAUAGCCCCAAGGAGACACUAAUGGAAUAUAUUCAAAGCACUGAAUUGCCCCCGAACAGAAGUGAUCUGUCUGCAUACUCUGUGGAUUAGGGGCUGAAAAUACCCUGUUUUCAUCUGCCAGAUAUUUGAGGACUGCAACUAACACAUUGUAUAUUAUGUUUAUUUAACUGGACCAAAAUGAUCUGAAUUGCAUCAGUACCUAAUAAUCUGGAACCUGCAAAUUCUAUACCCAUUUUGUUUUUUCAAAUGGAAUUGUAACUAAAAAGACUUAAGUAUAAAGUAUAUAUUGCAACGAUGUGGAGUGAUUAUGCUGAUUGUUCUGAUGUGGUAUAGUUAAGGUGUCACAUCAUAAUAAUGUGGGUUUCACCCUGUUUUGAUCAUAGCAGCACUAGUUCUAAUCAACUGUUAAUAAACCCUGACCUGGACUGGUAGUUUACUGGUAGUAAUCCUGCCCAGGAUUACAUUGAUCUCAGUUGGUUUCACAAACCUUAAGUAACCUUCUAGUCUUCCUUUGGCUUAUCUUUGCCAGGUCUUCAUUUGUGAAAUGUGAAAAGUCAGAAGGAUUAAUUUAUUCUCUUUUUAAUUAUUUAAAUUUUUAUCUGUGCCCAAGCUGGUCAAUUUCCCAAAAUCUUUCUCAUACCUUGGGUUGCAGUGGUAGCCAUCUUUAAUCUAAAGUAAUGAUGAUGACUAUAAAGUUUCAAAGUACUAGCAUUUCUGUUUUCUGUUUUUAACUUUUGGCUACCCCAGAAACCAAUGGCAGAGCCAAAAUAUUUUCAGGGGUGGCCAGGCUGAAAGGCUGAGGUUGAGCACAGAAAAUUCACUUUCUUUUUAGAGCCCUUUCCCUAUCCCCUUUUUCAGAGAAACAGUACUCACUAGAUGUAAUUCAGUUUUGUGGAUCAGCACAUGGAUCCCUAAAACGUUUUGCUGUUGGUUGUUUAUGUUACACUGUGGCCACAAUUUGGCUCUGCCUCUGCCUGAAACCACCAACAGUCUUGUGACUUGUGACACAGUUGUUCUGACGCAGGUAUUUGGGGAAUAGACCACAGUUAUUGAGCAUUUACAAAGACCAGAUAGUUGUAUCUUAAUGUCAAGGAAAUGUGUAGUUUGUGUGACCAUGUGCAGAUUAUAUUUCUUGACUUUUCUUUCUGUUCAUGUAUAAAUUAAGGAAGGAGGUGAAAAAAUAGAACAAUGCACAUAAAUCAAAUAUUUCAUGUACAGCAGCUGCUACACAUGACUGCUGUUCUUAAGUGCUAGUUCAGUGGCAGCUUGCAACACAGUUUUUAUCUGAAACAUCAUUGUUACAACACUUUUAAGUCCUGAGCUCAUGAUAGCUCACUGAGCUGCUUAGCUUUACAAGACCCUGACCAUACCUUCCAAUCCUGAGCCUGGAAGCAUGGCCUGAGUGACUGUCUGCCACUAUAGAAAUGGACCUAAGUGCCUCCUACUUCUUUCUGAACACUAGGAACCAGGAAAGUAGUCUUUCAAAAUAAUAGCACUUUUACAUUUUGUUUACCUGCCUAAUGGCCACUAGCUGUAAACUCUUUGUUUUUCUUAUUACCUAGUUUCAUAAGUAUCUACUGUAUUAAAAAAUAUUAAAUUUAAAGCAAAAAAAAUAAAUAAUUAAAAGCCAAACUACCCAACGUGAAAUUGAAAUUACAUUACAUAUACACUAACCAGUCAAUUUAUUAGGUAUACCUGUUAAACUGGUCAUUAGCAUAAAUAUUAAAUCAGCCAAUCACAUGACAGCAACUCAGUAUAUUUAGACAUGUAGGCAUGGUCCAAAUGAACUACUAAAGUUCAAAACCAUCAUCAGAAUGGGUGAAAAAUGGGUGAUUAGAGUGACUUUGGACGUGGCAUGGAUGUCAGUGCCAGGUUGGCUGGUAUUUCAGAAACUGAUGCUACUGGGAUUUACCGACAACCAGCCAUAGAGUUACAUCAACAAGGCUGAAACUGCCUUGAGCUGAUAACAAGGCAUUAGGAACUCGAAUAAUCACUUGUUACAACCAAGAAGCAUCUCUAAACGUACAAUAUGUGGGUCCUAAUAGAAGACUGGAAAAAUGUUGCCAUCAGUGCCUGAUGAGUCUUGAAUUCUGCCAUGAGAGUUGGAGGGUAGGGUCAGAAUUUGAUGCUAACAACAUGAACCCAUGGAUCAAACCUACCUUAUGUCAGUUAAUCAGGCUGGUGGUGGUGUGGGAUAUUUUCUUGGCAAGCUUUUGGGCCUUUAAUAAUACGCCUUCAUUGUCACAAAUUACCUGAGCAUUGUUGUUGACCAUAACUAUGAUCACAGUAUACCCAUCUUUUGGGGUGUGGUGAGACCACAAUUUCACGUUGCGGAUGUAGAACCAAAAAAACUGUAUUAACUGUGUCAGCAUGGAUCAGAAUCUCUGAGAAAUGUUUGCGGUACCUUGUUGAUUUUAUGGCGCAAAGAAUUAUGGCAGUUUUGAAAUUAGAAACUGGCCCAACUCACUAUUAGCAAGGUGUGCUACUAGACCGUUUACAAAUAACCUUUUGCCAUUUUCCAAAGCUAAAAAAAAUGAAUGAACUGAUAUAUGUGUGAACUGAAAGGAUAAUACUUGAGACACUAGGAUGUAUAUACUGUAAAUCUGUCUGUCUUAAGAUAUUUAUUUUGUUUUCCUAUGUUGGAUUAUUUUUUUGUUUCUCAAUGUGUUAUUAUAUGAUUAAUUUAAAUCUAAUAGAUCUUUUGAUUUGCUUUCCAGUUGUAAUUUACUGUCACGAGUUGCAUUUAUCUCAUUAGAGACUGGCUAAAAAAAAUCUAGAUUUAAGAAAUGUCAAUUUGUUUUGUGUCAUUUUAUACUAUGCAUCCAUCGAUUCAUCCAUAUUCUUCCUCUUAUCCAAUUCAGGGUUGUGAGGUAUUUCAUAUAAUUGAAAUAAAUUAAUAAAAAAUAAUAAGUCAGGAAAACCAAUUAAAACUACAAAGUUACAAAUGCUAAAAAGUCAAUGUUUUAUUGCCCUCUUCAAGAACUGUUCAAGGAUCAAAUGCAUUCUUUAAUUUAAAAGAAAUAGUUUGUCAUUCAUCGACCACAGUCAGAAAAUGACAACACUUUCAUCAGUGUGUCUAAUGAUGUGUCGUGCACCUAGUCUCUACACUGUAUUUGAGAUUUUAACUGUUUUGUCCAUACUGGCCUAAAGAAUUUAAAAUCUAGUCUCACAAGGAAUUCAGUGCAUAAAGUUGUUAACUUCAUAUGCUCUUGGGUCAAUGAGUGAGUACUGGGUUUAGCAUUGCCUUACUGACUCUAUACCUCAGUUUUCAACGAGCAUCAUGAGAUGCAGGAAUCGGUAUUUUUCUUUAUUUUACUUGAAUCAACAAAGGGCAGCAGCAUGCUGUCCAUUAGCUUGAUACAUGAAACCCCUCCUAAGCCAUUAGAAGAGUCAUCUGAAGAGCAAAAUGAAAAGCCUUUGAUUAAUUAUUUAUUGAUAUUUGAAUGUAUCAUCAGUCUACAGUGAAAGACAGACUUCAUUUAUUCUGUCCCUUAUUGUUAAAUGAGACAGAUUUACAAUACUGUGAGUCACUGUCAUCCUAUUCUGUGCGUGAUGUUUGAGUGUCACGUAGUUGGUGUUGGUUUUUAUAAGAUUUUGUUUCCCAAAAGUGUAUUUAUUCUAAAACAGUUCAUCUAAAAUAACUGAACAUAUACCUGGGAUUUGCAUUGAUAUAUAGGUAUAUUGUAUAAACAUUAAACAGGUGCAUCACCUGCAUUGCCUGGGUAGUAUGAAGAAAUCUGAUUCUGUAGCUUUUCUAAAUUUAGAUUAGAGCUGUGUAAUUAAAGAUAUGUGCAUUUCUAAACUGAAAUCCUAAUGCUAGGAUAAAACAUGAUCAAAGUUAUCUUACAGUAGACUUGCUUACCAAGUAUCAUCCAUAAUGUGAACUCUUGUUUCUAAGCCAUUCAUUUCAUUUGAGCAAAUUGAUUAUAUUUGCAUUAGUGUCAGUGCUUUAAAUUGUGUCUUUCUCUCACUAUGAGUGUUUGCUUACUCCAAGUCCUCCAGGAAGUCAGGUAUUACUUAGUGAAUUACAGAAUUAAAUUUUGUUUCAUUUGUUUUCUACACACAAAAGAAAAUCCAGAUUUUAGAGAAAUUUCAACACAUUUCUAGAAAAAGUCGGUUGCACAGAACUCUAAACAUAAAAUCAAAGAAGUUAACUCUUUCAACAUGAAACACAGCACCCUCAAAACUGAUUCUUUCCAACUAAACAACACAAACAGCUAUUAUAUGAUUAAGAGAGAAUAAAAAACACUGAUCGGAUCAAUUCAAAACCUACCAUCAGAGGUGUUUGACUAUGUCUUGGCUUGGCCAUGGUACAUACUUUUUCUUGUUUUGGAAAAGUAUACAUGUUUAUUUUUAUUUUGUCCUUAGAUACCAUUUACAGUUAUCUAGUGCAUUAUAACCUUUGUAAUGGAAAUGAAUGAGAAACAAAACAAAGCAAAUCAGUGCACAUAUUUUUAGAAAAAACGUAACAAACAAAACAUUUAUUUGUUACCACAAUACAAAGUUUUCAGAUGAACUGACAAAAAUAAAAGAAUGCCUUCUUC